GUGAUCACGCGUCAGGACACGCCAAAAAGUUUGGCCCAAUGACCACCAACUAGCAUAACCGAAAGCCAUUGAGCACCAUGGACGGCCUGGACGAGUACCGCACAUAUGUGCUUGGCGCCGUCAGUGCUGCGACACUCUGCUUUUUGUAUCUGUUGCUCCGGACAGACGCAGAAGCGCCGGUACCGUACCAUGUCACGCCUCCUGAGCAAGCACAGCCUGGCUGGAAGGGCCAAGUGCUUCAGGAGCCUACGCUGAAGGUGUCUGGCUCCUCGCUCAUCCAAUGCUACGCCCCAGCGACUGGAGAAGCCCUCGGACGCGUCAAUCCAUCGACCGCAGACGACAUCGACCGUGCCAUCGCCAAGGCAAAGGAAGCACAGGUCCAAUGGGCGAAGACGACGUUCGCGGAGCGCAGAAAAGUGCUCAAGACGAUGCUCAAGUUCAUUCUCGAGAACCAGGAGACCAUUGCAAGAGUGGCCUGUCUGGACACCGGCAAGACUAUGGUGGACGCUGCGCUGGGGGAGAUCCUCGUGACGACCGAGAAGCUGCGGUGGAUAAUACGACAUGGCGAAGAAAGCCUCAAGAACGAGCGCCGCGCGACCAACCUCCUCAUGAUGUACAAGUGGAACGAAGUCAUGUACCAGCCGCUGGGCGUCGUGGCAGCUCUUGUUAGUUGGAACUACGGAUUUCACAACCUCCUCUCUCCGAUGAUUUCCUCGAUAUUCGCGGGCAAUGCCAUUGUUGUGAAGGGCUCGGAGGCGACUGCGUGGUCUGCGACGUACUUCACCGCAAUCGCAACUAGCGCCCUGGAGGCAUGUGGCCACUCUCCGGACAUCAUUCAGUCGGUCGUCUGCUGGCCUGAUGUGGCGGGCCACUUAACGUCGCAUCCUGACAUUAGCCACAUCACCUUCAUCGGCUCUCGACAGGUGGCACACUACGUAUGUGCUUCAGCGGCAAAGUCAUUGACUCCAGUAUGCGUCGAGCUCGGCGGCAAGGACCCCGCCAUCGUCCUCGACGAUCUCUCAGACAGCAACUUCAAACGCGUAGCCAGCAUCCUCAUGCGCGGCACCUUCCAAUCCGCCGGCCAGAACUGCAUCGGCAUCGAGCGCGUCAUCGCCCUCCCCAACGUCCACGACCGCCUGGUCGACUACCUCACGCCUAAAAUUCGCGCCCUGAAACCCGGCUCCAUCCUCACCGACUCGCCCGACGUCCCCGUUGACGUCGGCGCCUCCAUCUCGCCCGCCUCCUUCGCCACGCUCGAAGCCCUCAUCGCCGACGCUGUCAAGGACGGCGCCCGCCUGCUCGCCGGCGGGAAACGCUACACGCACCCCGACUACCCGCAGGGCCACUACUUCACACCCACGUUCCUCGCCGACGUCACGCCCGCCAUGCGCAUCGCGCAGCAAGAGCUCUUCGCGCCCGUGUUCCUGCUGAUGCGCGCCGCGGACGUGUCCGACGCCAUCGCCACCGCAAACAGCACCAUCUACGCGCUGGGCGCCAGCGUGUACGGCACGGCUACUGCGGACCUCGAGCGCGUGGUGCGCGAGGUGCACGCCGGCAUGGUCGCGGUGAACGACUUCGCCGUCACGUACAUGGUGCAGCUCCCGUUCGGCGGCGUCAAGGGCAGCGGGUACGGCCGGUUUGCCGGCCCGGAGGGGCUGCGCAGUCUGUGCAAUGUCAAGGCGGUCACGAGGGAUCGCUGGCCCGGCGUCAAGACGGCGAUUCCGCCGCCCAUGGAUAUCCCGCUGCGGGGCGCGGGGGCGGGCCAGCGCGCGUGGAACAUGGCGCAGGGGAUUGUGUGGAUGGGGUAUGCGCCGGGGCUGGGGGGGAAGCUGAAGGGGCUGCGGGGGAUUGUGGGGCUGUAAGUGGAAGUGGUGAGGAUUCGUAUCUGGUUGGUAUCGUGAUAUAAGAAAACGCGCUACACGGUCUCAAUGUACCGCCGCACCUCCCAGUCCGUCACGGCCUCGUCCCACAGCCGGAUCUCGUGCUGCCGCGUCCCGCCAAAGUGGUCCACAAACGCAUCCCCAAACACCUCCCGCGCCACGCUCUCCGGGCGCAUAAACUUGUCCGUCGCCUCCUUCAGGCUCUUGGCCAGCCGCUCGCCCUUGUCCGCCGCGCCGCCCACGUCCUCGCCCUUGCCCAGCGGCGGAAUGGGAAUCUCCAUCUUCUUCUCGAUGCCGCGCCAGCCCAGCGCCAGGAUCGC